AUGCGGAACUCGUCACCGAAUGGGAAGGAUAACCCCUCCCUGGCGAGUAAGCCAACUGUAACACUGCAUGGUGUGAUUCACAAGCGUAAACUAGGGUCGGUCAAUUUCACCCGUUGCUGGGCCGAGUACCGAGACGGCUUCGGUGAUCUGACGGGGGAGUUCUGGCUGGGCAACGAGGUAGUCCGCAAGCUGACCUCGGAAGGCACUUGGAAUCUACAUAUUACAAUGGACGAAGCAGGAUAUGCAUACCCCAAGAAAUUAAGAUUGAAGCAGUUCAAGAUCGCAGGUGACAACUACACACUACAUGUAAAUCCAUUGCAACCAUGGGAACGUCAUUACUCAGCAGGUAAGUCUUUCACUGACGUUUCCGUAGGCCAGCCGUUCUCAACCUACGAUCGCGACAAUGACGCCGAUGGCAACGCCAAUUGUGCCGCUCAGCUGAAGGGAGGCUGGUGGUUCAAGACUUGUACUGGAGGAGUCGGGAAUGUGGAUCUCGUGCCGACUAACCUGAAUGGGGAGUAUUCCUAUCCCGUCAACUACACGGGGCAAGAUUACCGCGGUGUGAGGUGGGCUGGUGCGCUUGAGUUUGGUGGCCAAAUACUAUCUUGCCGCCUCGCGAUUCGUAUGACUUAAUGUUCUCGGCUCACUCUGUAUUUCGCUUUUGGUAAAUUUGAACAGACACUUGU